GCCGCCGCCUCCGCCUCCUCACCAGCGUUAAAUCCGGGACUGGACCGAGCGGAGUUGCGCGUGUUGCCGAAGGGGGGGUGGGCCGGGGGCGGGGAAGUUCGUUCCGCGGAGCCGCAGCCAGAACCGGGGCCAGGAAUCACCUUCAGGACAGUCUGGUGAUAGUUCGGUGAUAGUAAUUAAGGAGGAAAGCGUCCACGAAAUAGACGACUGGAAUGAGCUGAGCAUAAAGAAUCCCCUUUCUAUUGUUUUCUUUGGGAAGAUUACGAUAGAACCUAACAGCCACCAGAGGGCACCAUGGAGUCUGCUAUUGCUCUUUCCCAGAAAUUGUACUUUUCUGUUUCAGAUUUAUUCAAAUACAGAAAGAACUAACAAGAAUUUAUGUGUGUGUAAAUAACAGUUCUUAAAUUUCAUGAUUUAGUUUAGGUUCUGUGGCAUGGAUGAAUGUUCAGCAGGAAGAUUAGACUUGACUGAACAGACUCCUAUCUUAUUAGGGAGUAAAGCCAUGGCAGCUAGUCUCAUGGAUGUAGGAGACUCAUUUGGUGACGCAGCUAGUCCUUUAGUUAAUAGAUCUAGAAACUCAUCGGUGGAAGGUGAUGAUGGUGAUGAUGAUGAUGUUGUGUUUAUUGAAUCUAUACAACCUCCUUCAAUUUCUGCUCCAGUAACAGCUGAUCAAAGACAUUUUGUAUUUCCUGCAUCAAGAAAUAAAAAGCUUCUAGGACAUUAUUCUGUAAUUCUUCCUUCCUCAAGAUAUUUGGCUUCUCAGAAGGGAAAUAUAAGUGAGACAAUUGUUAUUGAUGAUGAAGAGGACAUGGAAACAAAUGGAAGGGAAAAGACAGUUUCUCCCAGUUUUAUUGAAUGGGGAUUUCCUGGAACUAAAAACAGAACCAAAGAUUUGGAUUUCUCCACUUCCAGUCUUUCAAGAAGUAAGACCAAGACUGCAGUAGGACCUUUUAAUCCUGGUAGAAUGAAUGUGGCAGGAGGUGAAUUUCAGAAUGGAGGAUUUACAACUCAUCAUAGUCCUGAUUCUUGGAUCUCCCAGUCAGCAUCCUUUCCCCGUAAUCAGAAACAGCCAGGGGUGGAUUCUUUAUCACCAGUGGCCUCGCUUCCUAAACAGAUUUUCCAGUCUUCUGCCCAACAGCAACCCACUAAAGCAGCUAAAAUCACUUGUGCAAACUGCAAAAAACCUUUACAGAAGGGACAGACAGCUUAUCAGCGAAAAGGAUCAGCUCACCUCUUCUGUUCUACCAUCUGCCUUUCUUCCUUCUCUCAUAAGCGUACUCCAAAGAAACGCAAUGUGACAUGUAAAAAAGAUGCACCUACCAAAAAAGCUACUGUUGUUCCUCAAGGGGAGUCAAGUGAACCCUUCCCAAAAUGUUGUAGUACGUCUCGUUUGUCUCCCUGUGAAGACAGCCAGAAUCUUCGAAAAAGAGUUCUGAACAAAUCAAGAUGUACAAUCUGUAAUAAACUAACAGAGAUUCGGCAUGAAGUCAGCGUUAAUAAUGUGACACACAAGCUGUGCAGUAACCAGUGCUUUAACAAGUACAGGCUGGCCAAUGGUCUAGUGAUGAAUUGCUGUGAGCAGUGCGGCGAGUACCUGCCCGGCAAAGGAGCUGGGAACAAUGUCCUGGUCGUUGACGGUCAGCAAAUGCGAUUUUGCUGCCAAAGUUGUGUUAACGAGUAUAAACAGAUGAUGGAAACAAACUUAAAAAAAGUAUUAGCAUCGGAAAACAGAAAAAGGAAUGCUGCUGGAGAAGAAAAUGAAAGAGAAUUAUAUGGAUCAUUGAAUAUACUUCUGGAAAAAAUAGAAGAAAUACCAGAAAAAAAGGAAAAGACUUCAGAACUACAGGUUUCAGCAGAAUGUAGCCUAGACACAUCAGUGGUCCAACAGAAUGUGAAUUUACCAGGCAUAGCUGAUAAACUUCAAGAGCAACUGGGAGAGAAACCAUCAGAAGACUCCAUUAUUUCAGCUGUGCUUUCUGCAGAUCCAGGUACAUGGCCCCGAAUUUUGAGUAUUAAACAGAGGGACACUCUAGUUGAAAAUGAUCCACCUCAAGUAAGAAAUUUUAACUUCCCAAAAGACAGUACAGGGAGGAAGUUUUCAGAGACUUACUAUACAAGAAUUCUUGCAAAUGGUGAGAAAACCACUAGAUCCUGGUUACUUUAUUCGACCUCAAAAGAUUCUGUGUUUUGUCUGUAUUGCAAACUCUUUGGAGAGGGAAAAAAUCAACUGAAGAAUGAGAAUGGGUGCAGAGAUUGGCAGCAUUUAUCACAUAUUCUUAGCAAACACGAGGAGAGUGAAAUGCACAUCAACAAUAGCGUUAAAUAUUCAAAAUUAAAAUCUGAUUUGAAAACAAGUAAAAUUGUUGAAGCUUCAGAACACAGAUUACAGGAGAGCGAGGGGAAGGAUGGUAUGAAGCUGUUGUACACCUUAGACCUGAUCUGACAUGACAUGAAGAGGUCGAAUACUUAUUCAGAGCUGUACCCUGAUAGUCUGUCCUUUGUGCUGAGGCUCCCAGACUGAGUGCUUCCUCCGCUCAUUAGUAAUGAGUAUCAUAGCAAGUUAACUUGUAAAGAUGGUUUCUGCUCCAGGUUCUCGUGAUUUAUGUCCAUUCCAGAGAAGGCAAUUGUUGAUCUUUUCAGUCUUUCAGUUCACAUCUUUUAAAAUGGGCAUUUCAGGACUGACUUUUGACCGGUGUGAUCAAUAUUUUGUUCUGAUUAUCUUGAAAGAGGGAGAAAAAGGCUUGAAUUUAUCAAUACCAGUUGAACAAGAUACAUAUGUGAACACGUAUUGUUAUUUAGAAAUAGAAUGGGAUCUGAAGCUGCAGCUUUUUGCUAGUAAACCAAAUACUUGUGGUUUAUUUCAUUUGAGCAAAAUGUUGUUAUUUGAACAAAGCAGCAUCAUUUGUUAUGUUAAAUGAAUUAAGGUGGUUAAUUUGUGUUUUAUUGGUUUUGUUUUAAUUUAAUUUAUAAAUAUUGUAGCUUUUGUUGUCAUCUGAAAACUACAAGCAUAAAGAAUAUACCUAUUUUUAUGUUGUUACAAAUAUAAAAUAUAUUGUUGGUAUAAAUAUUAAAAUAAAAAUAUAUUAAGUU